AUGGCGAGUCAGUGCAAGAAACAGCAAUGCACAAUCGACAGGCGAGGCUUUCGGCAGGAACUUGACUCGUGGCGGCACAGACUCAUUCACUGUGUAGGUUUUGAGAGCAUUCUUGAAGGUCUGUGUGAUCCAGAGCUCGUCGAAGACCUCAAAUUCUUUAAAGACUUAGAGCCUGUAGCAGUGUCUGACUGGUCAUUUGAUGAAAAUUGUCUGUUCUGCUGUUUGAGACGAGACAAAGUAAAGGAACACUUAAUUGGCCUAAACAACGAGGGGCUUGAAGAUACACCCAAAAAAGAUCAGACCACAAUCAGCAGACUAGAACAACAGGCUGAGGAGUUUCUCCAUGCAGUCCUCAGCAGAAAAGAUGUGCCAAGUUUCUCGGACCCACAUAUUCCAGUAGUGGCUCGAGAGAUCCUGGAGAGAAUGAUCCGACAGUUUGCUGCCGAAUAUACCUCAAAAACUAGCUCCCCUCAGGACAGUUGCUCAGAUCCCCAGCCACCCUCUGACCAAAGCCUACCGACCCCACCCUUGCUCUCAGGAGCUCCUCCAACCAGCCCUGCUGCCACACUUGCGGGGCCUGCGCACAACCAGAACCCCGUCCUCAGCAAGCUCCUCAUGGCUGACCAGGAUGCUCCUCUUGACCUCACAAUCAAGAAGCCCCUGACUGAGCCCAGUGAACAAGACGGAGUCCUUGACUUGUCUAUCAAAAAGAAUCGCUGUAGCGGCAGUAACCCGUCAUUCCGUAGUCCAUGCCUUUCUCCAGCCACAACCACACUUAAAGGUGAAUCUCCAGAACUGCAUAUUUCAAAGGCAAAAGACCUGCAGUCCACCUCGACACUGGAACAGUUCAUGGCCAAACUCUGCCCCCACCAUCAAAGACAGGUAGUUGAUGCCAUAAGCUUCCUACAGACGGAGGUCAAGGCACUCACAUCCUCCGACACACAGCAAGCCUGUAACUCUACCUCUGGGAUCCAGGGAACUGCCUACUCACCUGCAAAAUCCAGCAUAGUCACCCCUGAGAAGUCAUGCUCUGAACUAAGGUUUCCCAGUGAAUCCACUCCCAAAUCAGAAGUCCAGGAUAUGUCCCAUUCUACCCCAAGCAGUUGUGCAAUGAAAACAGUUCCAGACACUGCAGUUUCACUGAAAACAUUUGUUACUGCUGGCCCUGCUCUGGAUCUUCGCAGCCCAGGGUCGGGGAGUGACCCGGUUUUGGUCACCUCCAUUGCUAGUCCAGUGGAUGCAGAGAACAACCGUCAUGGUGAUUAUGCACCUCUUAAGAUGAAAAUCAUGAAGACCAGCAAUGUUGCUGCUGGUAAGAAGUUGUCAUGUGUGCUCACAGCCUCUCUUUCAUCUGACUCUGGCACUUUGGAUGACAGACAGGGUAACUCCAAUUCAUCCAGCAGAACAGAGGUUCAUAGUGCUAGACUCAGCUCUUCUGUAAAAAGACACAAUCAGUUAAGUCACACACUUCAAGCUAGACAGAGAGAGUCUCUUGGUAAUGCCAAAGAGAUACCAGCAAAACCAUUUUCAGUUCAUGUGGCUAUUCCUGUAGACUCUCCAAGGACUGCCAGGAAGACCAUGAAGGCAUCCUCUGAACAUCAGGCCAGGGACUCUUUUAGGGGAAUGAUUGACCCUGAUCUCGGCCAUUGUGACAUUGUUUAUAUUGACAAACCAAUUACAGAGUGUUUUAAGGAACAGCAACGCAACAUGGUCCCACGUCGCAAUGCCAGAAAAAGCACCAGAGGACAUAUGUAUUCAGAUGAAAUAUGGGAGUUAAAAACUGUCCGCACAUUGGCUGGGAGGGGCAACUGCCCUAAUCCAAUGCCAGAACUGAUCACAUUGGUCACCCCAAAACAAAUACUUUCAAAGCCUGAAGGUGUUCCACCUGUGGAUAUGCCUUUUGCUGGAGCAUGCAGGGAGGCAAUGAAUCAACAAAUGUCAACAGAAGAGUCAGACGAGAGGGUGAUACCAGGAACAGGAGAUAUGGUAGAGGUAGCAGCCAGUGAAGUAGACAUUAUAGUUGAAACCAGUCAGACAGAUCAAUGUCAGAGCAAAGGGCAGUCUGCUCCUCAAUCUCCAAGAAGCUCUCCAACAGUGAACAGAGAAAUGGAUAUGAGCGCAGAUGUAGAAAAGGAUACAGCUGCAAAUUCAGGGAAAACAGGAAGUGAAGAAAGUGUUGCUCAGGCAGAAACAGAUAACAAGUCUGAGCCUCAAGAGGACAUACAUGAAAAUAUUGGGCAAGUAAUGUCAGAAACAAUAGUAAAACCAUUGGAGAAUAAUACCAUAGAAGAAGCUGAGCCACAGCUUUCAUCAGAUAAAAUGCAGAGCACUGAGCCUGUUCUCCAACAGAAUAGUGCCCCAUCACCAUUGAAUCAAGAUGAGGAAGAGACAGAAGAAACUGAAAGGAAGAGAAUACAAGAAGAGCAACCUCAGGAACUUGAGCCAGAAACACAGACACUCUAUGAUGUCUUCGGAGCGGCAGAAGAGUCCAACAACACAGAUUCAGCAGAGGAGGAGAUGUUGAGAGAGCAAGAAAUUAAAACAGCUGAAACUGUUAGCAGUGUUAUGGCUCUAGAGACUGAAGAUGAUGGUAAUGACGAUAAUAAUGAUGUGUCAGCAAAGACACUUGACACACUCUUAAAGGAAUUACCCCCUUGGCGUAGAAAAAGAGGUUCUGCAAUCCCUCAGCCAAAGCGGUUAAAACAAAAAGAAACAGUGAUUGUGGGCUAUGUUAAUGGUAGACCUAUAUCAGCCUCUGACAGAAGCCUGCGUCGUAGAUCAAGUAACAGCAGCACAUCGCCCACUAAAAGCCCAGUGAAAUCAACUCAGAAUACCCCCAACAAGAUUUCUGUUGAUUCAGCCAUUGAAACCAGGAAUUUGGAGAAACAUGAACCUGAACCACAUGUACAUGUAGAAUCUAUUGAGAAUACACCUGCAAUUUCACAGGAGACAGGACCAUCGUCUGACGGACCAUCAAUCCCACCGUCAAGCCCAAUAUCUAAAUUCCCCUCAAGGACCAAACAAAGCCAAAAACAGAGGAGGAUUCAGAGAGAUCAGGAUAGAUCGCCUGUCCUUUUUGAUCAGCCAGUUGAUUCCCCCCAGAGUAACGAGCCCAAACGGCAACUUAGAUCAACCAGCCAGAAGCCAGCUGGCACUCCUGCAUCACCACCUUCUUCAAAUGUUGUCACUUCCGUAUCCCCUCCGAAACCUGCUGUAACCCAUGCCCUUCCAUCUUUUGAGCAACUCUCCUCCCUCACCCCUCCUCCUCAGCUUCCUGUUUCUUCUCCUCAGCUUCCUGUUUCUUCUCCUCAGCUUCCUGUUCCUUCUCCUCCUCUUUUGACAUCAUCUCCCCCUGCAACUCUUGAACAGUACCAACCGAGCACAGUCCCAGAGACAACUGCGGAAUUAAACAUUGAAACAACUCAAUCAAUAGAGACAACCUCAGAGGAAACACAAAAGACUGUGACAGAAAGUAGAUUUCAGGCCAAACAAAAACUAAGGUCUGCAAAGGUUGGAGAUGUAAGUGAGGAUGAGAAGCAACAGCUUAGCAGUGAAGCAUUAAGUCCAUUAGAAAAUCAAAGUCCUGUAAAGACUGAAACGCAAACAAAGAUUAUGCCAUUAAGAGGUAAACGGGCUCUCAGAAAGGAGGCAGAGGAGGGUGAUUUUGCUUUGCAUCAGAACCCAAAUGUAACAACUUUAGAAGACAAGUCUGCUAGUCGAGAUGAUAGCAGUUCUUCCAUACCAGACAAACCGACAAGGAUGCCAUUGAGGAGUGAGAGCAGUAAGUCUGAAAUGUCCUAUCAGUCAUCACCACUGGACAACAAGAAAUUGACUUUGAGAUCACAAAGAUUGAUUGCACCGUCUAUCAGUUCUCAUUCUGUAGCUGGAAAGCAGAGUGACAUAGGUUCACCUAUCAGAAUAAUGCCAGAAAGGGUAACUAAGGCUCAGAUGAGGCACCCUCCAUUACCUGCAUCGACUGUGUUGCCCCACAGCUUCGCCAUCCCCGUCAUUACACCAAAACCUGAGACACUCAAACAGACUGCUAAUAAAUUCUUGGAGAAUCUGACUGGUGAAGAACACCAACAACAAAUUACAAACUUGAACAUAAGGUAUGAUAAAAUGCAGAAAGGCUGGGUGCAAAUGGACAAAGAGGGUCAGCCAGCGACAAAGUACAAAAACAAAUCAGACAGACAGGCAGCUAUAUGGAAAAGUAAACGCAGGGCACGAAAACCAAAGUCUUCAGAGCACCAGAGAUACUCACCAGUGCAAAUGCUCUUCAUGAAAGGCUUUGAUCUUACUAGUAUUUGUCGCUGGUUUCUUGAAUCAACAGAAACAAAGUCCCUUGUCAUUGUCAAGAAAGUGAAUACACGUCUUCCUUCAGAAACCCAGCUGUGCUUCCACAGCUCCUCUAGUACAUCAGGGACCUCCCAAGGGGUAUUUCCAAGCCUUCAGGCAGAGCGCUUAAAGAAACAUUUGAAAAAAUUUGCUAUCGCCUCUCCUGUAAAGAGCAACCCCAAGAGUCAGAAACUGAUUGCCAGAGCAUUGGAGCAAGAGGCAAAUGCAUUCAAAGGGAAAGAGAGGAGAGAACUACCCAGUACUACUCAGACUUUUACUAAGUCACACUUGUCUGCUGAAGCUCGGGUGCAAAGAGGUGAAUCCCAGAAAGCUUCUGGUAAAUCAAAAAAUCCAGCCAGUGCAAGGAUCUUGAGAAAAUACUCUAACAUCCGAGGGAAGAUGCAGGGUCAUCAAACCAGCAAAGUUAGUCUGAAAGACGCCUCAAAAAGCUUCAAAGCAAACAAUAUGAAAAGACUGACCACCCCAAAAUCUGCAUCCAAAUCCAAAUUGAAACAACCUCUGAAGGCACAGAAAUCCCCCCUGGCUGUCGGUAAACGAAUGAAAGAACGUGCAGUAAAAAUGGAGAGAAGGAUAAGACUGCCUGGCAAAAGAGCAACAAAGCAUCAAGAAAGGGCAGUCAAGGCACAGGGCAGUGGUAGAGCUCCAAGAGAUACAACUAAAAAAGAGACGCCAAAGAGAUGUUCUCAACGACUAGGUUCUCCUAAAAUGUCCGAACAUAAUCCUGUCAACACAUCUAAAAGGAAGUCUUACAAAAAACUACUUGAAGCAGAGAAAGCAGAAGUUGAAAAGUCCAGUGUGAGUAAAGCGAAUGCUGCAAAAGUGCAAACAAAGGAAUCAUCACAAAGUACAGUCACUGAAAUCAAAGGUACCGAGUCUGCUGUUGAAACUUCACAGCAGAGCGUUGAUGUCAAGGUUCCAACCUCCCCUGACCAGGUACUGACAAGAUCCCAGAGAAAAAUGGAGGCAGCAGCCCCUUUGACUGCAUCAAAGAGGGCUAAGAAGUCAAUGACAUUACAAAAUGCUUCUCCUAAAUCAGUCCGAAAAGCUGAAGAGGCCACGUCGACCAGAAAAGGGGCUUUAAAAGCCCUAGCAAAGAGAAGUCAGGCAGCCAUGUUGCCGCGCAGUGCAACAAAGAGAGCUCAGGAGCUUUUAGAGACCCCAGCUAAACGCACCAGGACAUCACACCUAAAAUAAAAUGGACCUUAAGAGAGAGAUUGUCUUUAUUUAGAGAAUUUUGUGAUAUUUCAUUUCUUUUAUCUGGAAUAUAGUCAGAAGGACCAGAAGUAUCUAUUUUGUAGCCUUCACCAAACUCUUCAGAGGAUACCUUUUUUCAGUAGGCAAACGUGUGAAGAAGGAACCCAGAUUUUGAAAUUCAUUGACGCUUUUGUAAAGCUUCGGUGUGAAAAUGCAAAUGUGAUUGUUUGCUGAGCAUUUGCUUUGUGUUCAGGGACGAACAUACAAGUCCUACAUGAUGUCUUGCAGAUGUAGUUUGCUGUUUGGCUAUAUGUUUCAGCACUCUACGACAUGGCUGGAGAUAACAAAACCUAAUUUUAAAAAGUAAGAAUAACAAACAUCAAGCUUCCAGCUGUUGUGAUGGUGACAUUAAAUCCAUUCAUCAUCCUGUUUUGUUUCUUUUUUUUUUUGCCAUUUUAUAUAGAAUUGUUGUUUUGGAUAAUAGCAUGCACUGCGUUUACUGAAUAACAGAGAAUAUCAAGGUUCAGCUUGCAGAGCAGACCUUGAUAUGAGAAGGAAAGUCAGCGGUUUGUAUCUCCAGCUUGUCUUCCAAUCACAACAUUGUGAAUAUGUGACUGUUGUGACCAGGUGCCUUAUUUAUGAAGUGUAAAGUUAUAGAAUGUGUUGCUAAAUGUGAAAACUCCUGUCCUCUAGUUGUAACAGCUUUCAGUUUACUGGAGAGGCAGUCAACAUUCAUUUGCCUCACAGAGGGUGUGUGCAAAUAGUUUCCGUUCCGCACAGCGUGUGCCUCGUGCUUCAUCUGUAAAUUCUUUAUGUUGACUGAGGCAUACCUGACAGUUUUAUUUUUCUAUGCGUGUUUUCCGAGAGCAUUAACAUGAAAUUGUUCUUAUUAUAGUUGUAAUAGAUGUUUAAAAAAAAGUGUCAGAAAUUGUUGAAACAGAUGUGCGCUCUGUAUGUGUCAUGACAAAAGUUUGUAUUUUUUAUUUAGUUUCUGGUCAGUUUUCAUCUUGAUGUACCUCUGCAGUUACUUCUGACCAUUAUGCCCAUUGUUAUUUGAGUGUUUUACCUGCUUCUGCAUGUGUUAAGUCUUGUUAAUGUGGAGUCAGUUGCAGAUGUAUUUGAGCAACUCUUGUAAUACAGCUGUUGCCUUCCAACCAACUGAGAUCCAGAUUUAUAUUUAUGCCCCUGAUCUUUGAAAAUGUUAACCCCAUUCAAGACUAUGCAUGCACGUUUAGUGCCCAUCCAAAACCAUCCGAGAAAACUUUGGGACAGUGGUUUGUGUAUCACUUUGGCAACAAUAUUCCUGAACAACACAGGCCUGAAAAGUGUUUACACCUGAUUGGUGUUUAUGGCCUCUUUGAUUAGCAUUAAUGGCACAUCACAGGCUGAUAAAAAUCCUUCCCUUCAUUUAUUCACAAGUAGGAUAUUAAGUUUUUGGGGUAGUCUAGUCAAACUUCUGAGUUGUGUAUCAAAAUACAUUGCAGUUUUAUUAUUCAAUUGUUAUUUUUUAUUGUCAUUGACUGUCAGAUGUUCUCAUAAUGUGAAGUUUCUCUACUUCCACAGUAGCAGUAACUGACUUUAGUAUGUUGUCAAAGGAAAAAUACCAUUUUUAGCACAGUGUUAUUUUUUUAAUUUAGGUCAUGUCUCCUUAGAGGGUAAAUCAUCUGUAAAUGCAAAACAUGUCUGUCAUGUUUUUAUUGUUAUUUAAGAACUCCAUGUAGGCUAAAGAAUUUAGCAAAUCUAAAACAGCCCACCAAAUAUCAGACUUGAACAUGUUUAUUCUUUACAGUUGCUAUUUAAAUAUUUUUGAUUUUGUAUAUUAGAAAGAAAUAACUGCUUUAUUUGUGGUAAUCCCAAGAAUGAUACAUCUUUAAGAACUUUGUAUUUUUGCUGGAGUUGAUAUAAAGAUGUUUGA